CAACCGGCGACUAUCUUUAAAGAGGACGACGACGAGCAAGCAUGGCCCCGGGCGCGCACCUCGUACGACAGCUCUCGACGCUUAACGAGGCGUACGCGCUCCGCGACAAGUUCAACCGCGUCCUCGUCGUCAUCGCCUACAUCAUUGGCGUCCUCGUUGUCGUUCUUGUUGCCAUCGAUGCGAUUGCCAACAACUGGGCCAUCAUCGACUUUGUCGGGAACGGCAACGAGUUCAUUACACCCGUCGCGAGCAUCCCCGAUGCCAACGCGCUCGACAAGUUCUAUACGUUUCCGUUGCGCCGACCCAUUGCAAGUCUCUCCAGCAUCGGCCUCUGGAUGAUCGACUAUAGCGUCACAAACCUCGGUAUGCUUGGCACCAACGUUUACCUCUUGUCGACCGACACGUUCUCGGCCGACUCGACCGUCGCGUUUAUCUGCACCAAGUUCAACGGCGCCUACCCCGUUGAUAUCGACGCUGGCAGCUCGCUCAAGCUCGCGUCCGCCCAGGACUCCAUCACGUUUCUUCGCGGGAACGCGCUCUCGAUCGCGUUUACGGAUGAGGCGACGGCCAAUCUAGCGAAUUCAACCAUGGGCAGCGUCGACAUCAUGGCCCGAGGGUACCAAGCCGGGCGCAUCGAGACCGACCUCCGGCUCACGCAACGCAUCCAACUCCAAAACACCAGCGACACCCAGAACCAGUUGGUGCCAUUCUACCGCAUUUACACCAAAGGCUACUGCACGGGGUGUACACCGAUCGCGGAGCUCGGCCAUAGCGUCUGCAACUUUAGUAUGCGAUACAGCCAUGGCAACCGGACGCUGCGGGUUCAGACGGCACCGCUCGCCAACACCGAGUACCGCAUGGCGCUCAUGAUCCAACGCAAUGCAUUUAGCACGGCGUCCCACUGGAUCAAAUUCAUUGCGCUCUUCUUCGCCGCCGGCGGGUACCUCGCGAGCCGCCGGACCGUUCAGUGGCUCGAGGUCGACCCGACGAAGCCGGACACGAUCUUUACACGGGCGCUGCAGACGGUCGUGCCCAAGUGCUUUCCGCAUCUGAGCCACGCACUGCGCUUUGAUAUGUUCUGCUACAACUCGGAUUUGUUUGUGACGCUCUUUUGCAUCUCGAUUAUCCUCGACAUGAACGCGUCGCUCGUCUACAUCCGCGAAGUCAACGUCUACAACAACCGCAGCCCUCAAUUCUUCAUGAGCGUCCGCCUCUUCGCGUUGAGUUUGCGUCUUCUCUGGCUCAAUUGUGGCAUUCUCAAGCUCUGCAAGAUCGGCCUGAGUGUCGUGAGCACGGCCACGUACUGCGGCGAGAGUCGCUUCAUGGGCUACUUCAACUUGACGAGCGUCACGUCGCUGUAUUUGAGUGCGAUCUUACUCUUUUACGUGCCCGAUUACAUCGAGUACAACAACAGCGUGCGUCGCGACCUCCAAAACACGGUCGAGAACCUCGAGGGCAUUCCCGUGAGCUUCUACAACAGCUUCUACUUUCGCGUGAGCUACGCCGUCUUUGGCGGCUUGGUUGCCAACAUUCUCUUGAUCACGCUUCUGGACCAAGUGCUCAACCGUCCGUUCUGGAAGCUCAUGGGACGCAACAGUCUGUGCCGUCAAGCGCUCUUCAACAGCACGUCGAUUUUAUGCGACUAUAUUGCCGACGUCCACGAAGACAAGAAACACAAGAACGUCCUCCUGGUCUGCAAGGCGCGACGACUGAGCACGCUGCAGUGGUUUUUCAUGACGCACAUGUUUACAUUUGGUUUGCCCGAGAAGGAAUUGCGCGCCAAGAAGAACAAACAAACGACGCAGCCGACGCAUGGCACCGCCGCUUCGGGCGAGACAGGCCCCGGCCAUGAAACCUGCAUGGUAGUCCAAGACGGCAACCAUCACAUUCACCUUCUCGACGACCAACUCGCCGACGUCAAGAGCCUCGUGUACAACAUCAAGGUGCUCAAAGACACGACGGUUGUCAUCAAAUAGAAAGUGUAGCUGAUUUAAUGAUGCAUAUCAUUCAUACUAUGU